AUGAACCAAACAUCGACAAUGAAUAAUGAUGACAGCCAAGUUAACAACCUUCAAUCAACUGACAAUGAUGAUAUUCAAAUAAGAAGUUUUCCGCAACAAACAGUACUAUAUGUAAAGAUUCGAACUACAAAACGAAAAUGGUUGAUAUUAACUAUGUUUAUAAUUAUUUUGAUUUUUGCAAUCACCGUUCUUGUUCCAACAAUUAUUGUAAUACGCAACAAGAAAAAUGUGACAAAGAUGUCAACAGAAGAAACAUCGAUAACAAUAAAAACAACAACAAGACCAAAAAUAGGUAAAGUUUUCUGUCAACAAAAAUAA